AUGGAAUUUAAGCAUAGUAAUAAUGUUGACAAAUACGGUCAACAUCGCUAUAUAGCAUUGCUGACGCAAACACAAAACGAAUUGUACAUCGGUGACAUAGAAACUGAUAACAUUGUUAAACUGUGCAAUGUCUCUAGCAGUGAUGUUGAAGUCUGCUUUUUCGAAGAACGUGGUUUUAUUUUUAUUACAAGUAAGUAAAAACUUUGAGAACGUUUGUAGGUCCAUAAUUUUAUACUUAGUAGGUUUACGCUUAUUAGACUUAGAGUUCCAUUGUUAGUCAGUUUAGGUUUACAAGGAUGGAUCCCGACUGCCUGGCCUGCUCUGAUUGACUUCAAACUUUUUCUAUAGAAAGAGCAUGUAAACAUAAGAUCUUACGAAAAGUACUAAAUUGCGCUUUCUGGUAAACCUCGAUAAAAUUAAGAUCAAAAAAUUACGUUUUGAAUUUCUUGCUAGAUUUAGUGCUUCAAGAUUAUAACUUAGCCAUUAUUAUAAUUAUACCUUAUUUGGAACAUCAAAAAAGGACUUGCAACACAAUGCCAAAUUUGCCAAUUUGGCCAAAUAUUUAAAUUUUAAUACUCAAAAGCGUGAACUAAAAUUUUAUAUAUGUACUUUUGGUGGUACAAAGAGCUCAUAAAGAAGUGAAGCUGAUUCUGAGCGGGGCAGGUGUGGAAAUUCCCUUGUUAGUAAAAUAAGCUUAAUUUCUUAGCAGGCAGAAAGUGUACAAUCUUAUAAAUGUAGAGUAAAUAAGACAGAAAACCUUUUUCUACCACCUAUUCUAUGCAAGCUUGAUCAACAUAUUUUAGACUUAGCCGAGGGCGCUUUUGGCUUUGAUAAUAUCCAGUUAUAUGACAUAAAAACUCUGGAAAAAGUGUACGAACGCUCGUAUGGAAACAACGAUUAUUGGGUCGGUGCUUCAAGCGAUGCUAUAUUUAAUUUUAUGACUGGCGAAGUAAGUGUUAAUUUCUUAUUUUGCGAAAUUAUGAUGCUUUGCAGAUAAUCUGACAUAUAUAUAUAAACAGUCAGGGCCGGGCGCUGAGGGGCGGGGGAAACCUCCCCCCCAGAAAAAAAAUUCCAAAAAAAGUUGAACUUGGUCCCCUAGGGAUUUUUCGAAAAAAUUUUUGGCGUUUCUUGACCCCCGCCCCCAGACCAAAAGUCCCCGCCCGCCACUGUGCACAGUAAAAAAUUUAAAACGGAAAAAUUUUUUAAAAAACUAUCAUAAUAAAACAAUUGACACCUAGUUUCUACUUUUUAGUAUUUGAUUUACAACUCAAGAACAAAACAAGUUCAUUCACAAUUCGUCUAUUGCCAGUAUUAUGUAGCACCUCAAUACACGCCACAAACGGAAUCUUGCAUUAUUUCAUUUAAUUAUCUUUUAGAAGGUCGUCGGCGUGUUUUACUUUGCAGAAGCCAUGAAGGAAACCCUACAUUCUUUUUCGACUACACCGAAGGUAAGUACAUCAAAAUAUUAUAAUAUGAAGAAUGAUACUUAAAGUGAUAUAUCUAAAUCAAUUUGCAUAAUUCAACAUUUUAGAUAAGCUUAAGCUAAUGCCUAUAUGUUUCAAUAAAAUGCCAUCAGUUGAUGAAAUAAGUAGUUUGUGCAAAACGUUUUUGGAACAACGUGAGGGAAACACAAUAAGCUGUAUUGCUGACGAACUAGAACAGUUUUUUGUCACUAAACUACAAUUAUUAUGUAAUUACACGUCAACUGGUACCUGA